GCUUGCGUCUCGCCUUGGUUGCCUACGUCGAUAUAUGACCAGUUGCUGCCUGAUUACAAACCAACGCUAGUCAAUCGCGUGCGGCCCUUGCUGCGUAGGGCUUGGACGCCUGCGUUUUGUCAUCGUAUUAAAAUACGAUGACGAUGGCUAUACCUGUAGAUAAGUAUGGCGGACAUGUAUUGGAGCCACUUGGGAACAUUAUGACCGGCAGCUGCAGUCUCCAGCAGCAGCACCGCUCACGGCAUGACCUGUGCGCUCCAAAUUAAGAAAAUCACUGGAAGCUGAAUAAGCCUUCGUCAGCUUUUAAAGCUGGGCAGGACCAAAGCAUCGAGAGAGGUGUUUGCGCAGUUUGUUGCCCGCUUACAUAAAUUAUGAUAUUGAGUGCACACAGUCGUCAUAUCUGGAGCUGCGGGUUCGGGAAGACCGCCAGGAACAUGUCGCGCCAUCCUGGCAAGUCACAGCUCAGCCGGGCUUUCGCGGCUGGGGCAACCGUUCCGGGCCCAGGAGGGGCAGAAGGCAGGGGCGCCGGUACCGGAAGAUGAGAUUCCCGACGUUGAGUGACGCAGCAAGGAACAGCUGGGUUGGGGCAAGCAGCAGUUGCCACGGCAACAAUCAUGGUGCAGCUGGCCACUGCCAAAGAGGCACAUGUAGUGGGUAUUGAGGACUAGGUGGAUGCUGAGGGGUCGCGACCCGAGCCCAGGCGCUGGGCCCAAAAGUGCCAUCUGCGGUUGGGCAGGCGGUGCUUUAUCUGGUUUUGGCCCUUGGAGGAAAAUAAUUACGGCUUGAGGAGGGCGGCGGAAUGUCCGCUGGUGGCAGCGGUGCUGCCGCCGAGCAAGCCCCUGCGGCGCCCAGCAGGUCAGCGCAGCGGCAUUCUGGACGCGUGGCUGGAUGCGCUGGUAAUUGCACCAGGCACCACGGGUGAGACAGCAACAGGGGUCCAUGCGUCCAACGGUCGGCGAUAAGGCCUUUCAAGAAGACCUAUUCCUCCAGCAUCGAUAUUGAGGACACCGCGGGUAUGGUGCCGUUUCUGGGCGAGCUGCUAACAGCACCGGAUGUGCAACGGCUGCACACCAACCAGGACGACUUCAACAGCCAUGCCAAGAGCGUCGUCAGCAAGAACGUGUCGCGAGGCUGCAUGACAAGAAGCAGCGAGGGCGCAGUCUACGGACGAGCAGACGCGAUGUCUUACGGUCACAACGGCAGUUUACAAGCGGGCGUGGGAGGCGCAGCAGGUUCACCGGUCUGGGUAGCUCCAGCAAUCACCCAGCAGCCAGGGAGGCGUCCCUCCCGCUUACAAGCAGUGGCGCAUCCGGUGGCAACGUGGGGUUGCAGCCACGCUGUUUCAACUGCGGUGCGCCAGGUCACAAUGGCCUCAACUGCCUGACGCUUGACGGGGCCCCAGGAUCCCGGGCGUGAGACGACGAUAGUGGCGACGCGCAUGCGCAUGCCGCAGAGGAGCUAGGAGCUUUAGGGGCCGUCACGAACAGGGCGGGUGCCCUUGCCGUGCUGCGCGUGGUAGCCACGUGGAGGGGCGGGCGGUCGCAUUUGGCAGCAUGGCUGACACCAAGUGACAAUGGAGUGCUGGUGGGCGCUCGAGGUGGGAGAUCACCCAGAUCUGGAGGCGUCUGGAGUUCGCUUGCAGUGGCGCUGGCCCCAGGCCAGGUUGCCAUGGUGGCGGAACCUGGCAAGCCGGUGGGGGCAUCCCCAGCGGUGCCCGCCACAGUGCAGCCAGAGGAAGCGCGGCCUAGACACCCAACCAUGACCCGGAUGUGUGUGGCGGCUACAGAUUGGUAAAGCCUGACAGCAUACUAUGGUGGUGCGGUAGUACACGGCAGCGGCAGUUCAGCGGCAGUACAGCGGCAGCGGCAGUUACAGCGCCGCAGUCGAGGCAGCUGAGGACUCGGAGUUCUGUUGUUAGAUCUUUAGGUCGGCUUCUUCAGGUGUAAGACGGCGUCAACUAACGCACAGCACAGGGAUACGACUUGGUGAGGGGCGAAGUUUAGGGGGGGCCCGUUGGCGCCGUCUUCUGCAUUAAGGCCAGCGGUGGUGGUUUCGGCACCACAUGGGGCCCCGACGUGUUUGCUGGGACCGUGGUUAGCGGUGAAUCGGCAGCCGCGCAUUGCAUGAUGAGGGCGCUACUGUCGUGGUGUCCCGGUUCGCUGGGGCAGCGGUGCUUGUCCGCUGCACAACAGGCAGGCCGUGGCAGUGAUCACCAACGGCCCGUCAGCCAGCAGGUGGUGGAGCUAGCGAUCAGGCAUGGGUUGGAGCUCCGGGUGGAGCACAUUACGGGUGCUGAGUAUGGACGAGCAGACCGCCUUGACCAGCGGUUCAGCGCUGCCAGGGACGGGUGCGGCACAACAACCAGGAGCUGAGUCCCCAUCGUGGUCUUCGUCCAGCUGCAGCUAUAAGUGUCAGUUGUAGAUGCGUGCGUUGUUCGCAACGUAGACGUGUGGUUUUCGCGAAUUGUAAGCCGCUAGGCGGGCGAUGGUAGAGCGGCGGUAAAACGGGAUAGGGAAAAGAGGGGUUGUCUCUGCGUGGGCUAAGGGUAGGAACAUGCCCACGCAGAUUGGGUCCGUGACCGUGCCAUUGGUUAGUAGAGUUAGCAGCUUAGUUUGGUACGGAAGGCACGGUGAGCGCGUCAGGGACCCGGGUGAUUUAUUCCCCCAUUUUCAGUUGACUUCUCCCGGCGCGUUUAACCUCGUUUGCUUGGUUGUUGCAGUGUGAGGGUCCAGGGGUUGGUGUUUCACGAGCCACUACGGCAGGCAUCAAACAGCAAGUUGCUUUUGGUUUGGCAUGGUGAACACUGGCAUGAGAAGCACGUGGGCAGCCCCGGGAAAACACUGCGCCGUGAAUUGGUGGAUAAAUGCGGUCAGGCCUGCGCCGCGUGCGGGCGGACAUACAGGAGAUCUGUUUCUUUUGACAGCCAGGGACUGCUUUGGGCCAGGUCUGGCACGGGGCCGCUGGAUGGUAUGUGGCUGCGGCAGUGUAAGAGGGCCCUCCUGGGCCUCCCAACAAGUCCUAGUAUGGAGUCAUACCUGCAGUGCAUAUGGCAACCAUGGCCAUUUUACCCCCAAUGCUUGUACCAAAAAGCCACCAUACUAUCGUAUAAGCAUUGGUGGGGAGACCUUACCAUGCCGUGCGGUGAUGACCCAUGGGUCCUGGACAAUUGCCUGAGAUUCAGGAUGGGUGCUUGCCUUUACCUGCGUACGGACAUGGCAUGUGGCAGUUCGGCAAACAUUGUACACAGUUUUCACAACAUGUAUUGUUCCAGUACCGGUAUGUGUCUUGGUGCUUUGUCAAUGCCCUUUAUGAAUACUGCACUAACCAGUCGUGCACCCCGAGCGCAUGGAAGCGCCUAGUCCAGAUAUAUGUGCGUUCAAACACUCCAUCCAUGUGACUGGCAGCUUAGGAAAAGACAAGGCCUCGACCUGCCGACUUAAGUGUGGCCUGGAGGCCAAGGCGGAAGGGUGCUGCUGCCGCUGUAACCCGUGUACACAAGCCGGCAUGCAGAGGACCAUGAAUACAUGGCCUCCCGUGGCCAGAACUAGAAACUAUUCAACCUCCUACCGUAAGUGCUACUUGAUACUAUGACUUUCAACCUUCACCCUACAGCCGUAAUUCGUCCAAGCUACCACAGAAGCACAGUGCAAGGGGCCCGCUGUCAUCUCACGCGCAUACAUCAGGUCUGUAGUGCCUUACUGCUGCUGUCCUUAACCAAGUUAUGCACCAGCCAACGCUACUACGCCUCCCAACCCAGCUUAAGUGUUUCAUGACUCCUUCCAUGCCACCAUAUGUCAGAUUUGAAGCAAUUUUGACUUUCUGUCCCACUGCUUGCCAAGGGGGCAUCGGCAAUACCCAACUAGCUCUCCUCAUACCCAAUUCCCU